AGGCCGUCUCCGAGCGUCUUGUCGCCACAAUCUCUUCCUGUUCUUGGUGCGUUUGUUGUGGCUUCUAGCUGGGACCGCAGUGGCCGUGAAGAUGGCGUCUACCAGCCGUUUGGAUGCUCUUCCAAGAGUCACAUGUCCAAACCAUCCAGAUGCGAUUUUAGUGGAGGACUACAGAGCUGGUGAUAUGAUCUGUCCAGAAUGUGGCCUGGUUGUAGGUGACCGAGUUAUUGACGUGGGGUCUGAAUGGAGAACUUUCAGCAAUGAUAAAGCAACAAAAGAUCCAUCUCGAGUUGGAGACUCUCAGAAUCCUCUACUGAGUGACGGAGAUUUGUCAACCAUGAUUGGCAAGGGUACAGGAGCUGCAAGUUUUGAUGAAUUUGGCAAUUCUAAGUACCAAAAUCGGAGAACAAUGAGUAGUUCUGAUCGGGCAAUGAUGAAUGCUUUCAAAGAAAUCACUACUAUGGCAGACAGAAUCAACCUCCCUCGAAAUAUAGUUGAUCGAACAAAUAAUUUAUUCAAGCAAGUGUAUGAACAGAAGAGCCUGAAGGGAAGAGCUAAUGAUGCCAUAGCUUCCGCUUGUCUCUAUAUUGCCUGUAGACAAGAAGGGGUUCCUAGGACAUUUAAAGAAAUAUGUGCCGUGUCACGAAUUUCUAAGAAAGAAAUCGGUCGAUGCUUUAAACUUAUUUUGAAAGCUCUAGAAACCAGUGUGGAUUUGAUUACAACCGGGGACUUCAUGUCCAGGUUUUGUUCCAACCUUUGUCUUCCUAAACAAGUACAGAUGGCAGCUACACACAUAGCCCGUAAAGCUGUGGAAUUGGACUUGGUUCCUGGAAGGAGCCCGAUAUCUGUGGCGGCGGCAGCCAUUUACAUGGCCUCACAGGCCUCCGCUGAGAAGAGGACCCAAAAAGAAAUUGGAGAUAUUGCUGGUGUCGCUGAUGUUACAAUCAGACAGUCCUACAGGCUGAUCUAUCCUCGAGCUCCAGAUCUGUUUCCUACAGACUUCAAAUUUGACACCCCUGUGGACAAACUACCACAGCUGUAAAUCGAGGCAGCUGAUGUCAAACUCCUGUGAACACUGAACUCGGCCUGUUGUACAUAGCCUAUACCAAGUGCUGGAUUGAGCCUUUCUUUAAUAAGGAAAAACAAAAGACAUGGUACGCAUUCCAGGGCUAAAUAUUAAUUGCUUGGCAUUCUGUAUGUAUAUACUAGUGAAACAUAUUUAAUGAUUUAAAUUUCUUAUUGAAUUUGCUUUCUUUUGUAGCAACCUAGGAAACUGUAUUUUGGAAGAUAUUUGAAAUUAUGUAAUUCUUGAAUAAAACGUUUUUCAAAACUAAAGUUUUUGUUAUAAUUACAUGUUACAUGUAAUUUAUAAUUACAAAUAAUGCAUAUCAUUGCAGCUAAUAAAGCUGAUAGAGGUUCUCGUUUUGUUUUUUUCCAUUUAUAGAUUUAGGUGUUUUUUUGUAUAACAAAGUCAGAGGUUUGGGGAACCACUUUUGACAUCAAGAACAUCGGGGGGCCUGUGUGAAUUCUUAACUGUACAUAUAGAACAGUAAGAAGUGAACUGGACCUUGAAAGGCACUGGCUUGAGAGAUAUAAAAACAUUCCUGUGUUUUUCCUCAGUGAGCUUAUGGAGCAGAGAAGAUGAAAUCUGUUGGCCUACCAACAUCAAUUUUUGGAUGUUACCAUUUCGUAACUAUUUUUACUUACUGAUAUAAAGAAUAUUUAAAAUGGAGGUUAUUGGGCCUCGGAAUGUCUGGUAAUUUUUCUAGUAAGUACGCCCCCUGUAGGUGAUUGGGAUGUGAAGGUGUUCAUUGUAAGCAAAGACCAAUAAAAUGUUGCCCUUUUACCAACUAGCUUACAAGGGGACUCGAAUCCAUGCUAGACACACACCACUGUAGACAGCACUGCCUCAGAGCAGGUGUACGGUUCUGACACGUAACGAGCUUAGCACCGGGUUAGAAGUACAUCUCCUGUUGCAGCCUAGUAGGGGGAUUCAGACUCUAGUCCAAAAAGGGGCUUGCGCCUCUAGAGGAUCAGACCUUCUCUCGUUUCUGUUGGCCACGGAAUGGGGAUGACUGCUGGGCCAGGAAGACAAAUGCUGUUUCUCCCUUGUACAAAAUCUGCGACACGCAAACGGCACUACUCAAAGCCGGGGGAGAACACCAGAGAAGUAAACGCAAGCACACUAUCACCAAAUACGGGAUCGCAAGGCUCGUGAGGA